AUGGCCGAACAAUACACCUUAGCGGAGGGCUGUCCCUUUCCGAGCAGCUCGACGAGCGUUCAGGUGCGCGGUCAGCACGGCGGCGGACUGGUCCUGAUGCAAGACACCCAGCUACUCGAAACGCUCGCCCAUUUCUCUCGUGAACGCAUCCCUGAACGCGUGGUACACGCCAAGGCUGCAGGAGCCUACGGCGAAUUCGAAGUUACGCACGAUUGCACCGAUAUUACUUCUGCAAGCUUCCUCAACAAAAUCGGCAAGAAAACCAAGACACUGCUUCGAAUCUCUACUGUCGGCCCCGAACGUGGAUCUGCCGAUACUGUUCGCGAUGUCCACGGAUGGGGCAUGAAGCUAUACACUGACGAGGGUAACCUCGACUGGGUUUUCAACAAUACUCCGACGUUCUUUGUCCGCGACCCGAUCAAGUUCCCGUCAAUGAACCGAUCCCACAAGCGUCACCCGAAGACAAAUAGGCCAGAUGCUGACAUGUUCUGGGACUUCCAUGUCGGCAACCCAGAAGGCAUCCACGAGCUGAUGCAUCUGUUCAGCGACCGCGGCACUCCUGCGUCGCUGCGCCACAUGAAUGCAUACAGUGGCCACACUUACAAGUUCACCAAGGAGGAUGGCUCGUUCAAGUAUAUCAAGGUCCACAUCAAGACAACUAUUGGCGUGAAAAACUUUGAUCGUCAGACAGCUCAGCGAGUCGCCGGCGAGAACCCCGAUCACCUGGUUCAGGACAUGUUCGAUGCUAUUGCUACUGGAAAUCUUCCGCAGUGGAACGUCUACGUCCAGGUCAUGGACCCUAGCGAAGCGGAAAAGUACCGUUGGAACAUUUUCGACAUGACUAAAGUGUGGCCGCACGCAGACUACCCUCUUCGCCAGAUUGGUCGUCUGACGCUGAACGAAAACCCGAGCAACUACUUUACCGACAUUGAGCAAGCUGCGUUUUCGCCUUCCAACAUGGUUCCAGGCUGGGCACCGUCGGCCGAUCCGAUGCUGCAAGCGCGCAUGUUCGCCUACCCCGACGCGGCCCGCUACCGUCUGGGCACCAACUACCAGAUGCUGCCCACCAACCACGCCGUCGCGCCCGUCUACUGCCCCUUCCAGCGCGACGGCUUCAUGAACUUUACGCGCAACUAUGGCGACGACCCCAACUACGUCAACUCUCUGCUCAAGCCGACCGCUUACAAGCCGGCGCCGUGCCCGGCGGCCAUCUCCACCAUCACGGAGCACGAGAAGUGGGUGGGCGAGGUGUGCACCUUUACGUCCAGCCUGGGACCAGACGACUUUGCCCAGGCCACUGAGCUGUGGCAUGUUCUGGGCCGGGACCCUGGCCACCAAGAGCGCUUCAUCGGCAACCUGGCGGACAAUCUGGCCAAGGUGCAGCACAGCCAGCUCAGAAAGCUCGCGAUUGAACUUUUUGAUGGCGUUGAUGAGGACCUUGGCAAGCGACUUCGUGUUGUUGUGGACGCGCUCCUGAAGUAG